CUUCUAAAUAUAUAUGCCCUUUUCUCUCUCUUUCAAAUUCAAUCAUGCUUUUUCUCCCUCACUGCACCACUUGCGGAGGCAAAUCAAUUAAUUGCCUGGGCAGCGCAAGGUGGUAAAGGUGGCGGUGUGGUUGUUCUUCCGAGACAAAUCAGCUGCCAGAGCAACCCAUUGAUUUCGAUCUCGCCGCACAACCUGCACCCUUUCCCAAGAUGGUUGCAGAGAAUUUUGUAGUUGAUCUUAACAAGCCCCUUGUCUUCCAGGUUGGGCAUCUUGGAGAAGCUUAUGAAGAGUGGGUUCACCAGCCAAUUGUUAGCAAGGAAGGACCUCGAUUUUUUGAAAGUGAUUUUAUGGAGUUCUUGACGCGCACAGUCUGGUGGGCUGUUCCAGCUAUUUGGUUGCCAGUUGUAUGUUAUUCUAUCUCUGUCUCUGCAAGAAUGGGCCUUACACCCUCUCAUGUAGCUCUCCUGGUGGUCCUUGGCCUUUUCAUUUGGACAUUGGCUGAAUACACUUUACACCGUUUCCUUUUCCACAUCAAAACUUCGAGCUAUUGGGGAAAUACCAUGCAUUAUCUUAUUCAUGGCUGUCACCACAAGCACCCCAUGGACGGCUUGAGACUUGUUUUCCCCCCUGCUGCAACAGCUAUAUUGCUUGUACCGUUCUGGAACUUAAUCAAGCUCUUAUCGACCCCUUCGACUGCUCCGGCAUUGCUUGGUGGUUGUUUAUUGGGUUAUGUGAUGUAUGAUUGCACCCAUUACUUCUUGCAUCAUGGUCAGCCAAAGAGUCAUGCACCCAAAAAUCUCAAGCAUAUAUACAUAGAUGCAGGGGCAGUGUAGUAUGUUUGUGGAUGUCAAUCUGUCAUGCCAAGCAUCAGAAGUACCACUUGAACCAUCAUUUUCGUAUCCAGAACAAAGGCUUUGGGAUCACUUCCCCACUGUGGGAUCGGAUCUUUGGGACGCUGCCUCCAUCACCAGCAGGUGGUGCAUAAAUUAGAUUUGCUGCCAAUGUCCCUACCAUUAUUUGGUUAUUCGCAGCAAAAUUAAAAAUUAAAUUCAGAGUUCAGGCAAAAUGCAGCUGUAGAGGUUGCUGCUUUUUCUGGCAGUUGGAUUUUGCUCUCAAUUGAUGUUUUGGAGGUUCACUAUGCCCAUCCUGUGCUAAUUUUAAUGGUGCCUCCAUUAUGCAGUUGAACAAUGUAAUAGUGUUAUUAUAUAUUAUUCAUCAGAUUUAAGUGAGAAACUCGUUCAGUUA